AAUUUAGAGAGAAAAAUACAGAUCAGAAGAAUGCUUCAGGUUCAAGGCUCUCUUCGUGUCCACACUUUCUCCUCUGCUGCCAUCGUCCAUGCCGUUGAAACCUCUGAUGAAGAUUCUGAUCCAUCCCACUUCUGCGCCGUGCCGCAGAACGGUAAGAAGGCAUCGAGGAAGGAGAUCAAGAGGAGGAUAAAGAAGCUUCUGUCAUCGCUGGGGCAGAAACACCACAUCUCUAAGGUGUUCUUCAGAUCACGUUCUGAAGCUGCCAAUAGCAAUGCUGUCAUUGACAACAGAGGUGGUGGUCAGAGUGACAUGGAGACUUUUGUGUCCGCGAAGAGCUCCGAGUUGUGUUCAUUCCGUACCGAUGAUGACGACUCCGAGUCACGAUCGUUUCGUCUCAGCCCGUUGCCAAUCUUCCCAACCGGAGGUAUUGAAUUCCAGCCACCCGCCUCUCCAGUGAAGAUAAUCAAGAAGCUCCCAUUUGGGUAUAUCAUCGGCCGUCAGCUCGACGGCGCCCCCGCAGCAGCGGCGCCAUCAACGAAGCUCUCAUUGAGCUUCAAAAAGUUGAUGCAUAGGUUGGUUGAUAAGUCAAAGUCGAAGAUGAUCAAGAAGAAAGUGUUACGUGCUCUCAAGGGAAGAUUUGGAGGCGGCGAGCGACGAGGCAGGGAUGGACAUGUAAGGGAAGGUAAGGAGAGCAGCGACUAUGGUGACGGUGAUGGUGAUGGAGACGAUGAAGAUGUAUUUUGGAGGAAGGAUGUGAGGGGGCUGCGCUGCAGGCGGGUGGAGGACAACGAUCUUCCAUACUGAAGGAGCAGGCCAGUGUAUAUGGUGGGUUUUCUGUCAUGCUUUUGAUUUUAGAAUGAAGUAUUGACUUUCACUGGUAAAACAUCUAAACAUUUGGACUAUAAGUUUGUGUUCUAUGCUUUUUGUUGUGGUGG